AUGCCCGGCCGCCAAUCCCACGGCCGCCCCGUCCUCCCCACCUCUGGGGGAGGCGGCAGCAAGCCGGGAAAGUCGCACGCGAAAACGUUCAAAAAGUCCCGUGCGAAAGCCACCGCCAAAGCGCUCGACGCCUUCGCCCUCGCAGCCGAGCAGGUUCCCGACUCAACACGCGGCGUGCGAACGCGUGGGCUCGAAGACAGGCCGAACCCCCAGAAGCGGCAGCGGGGCGGCGGGGAGGACGAGGAGGACGAGGACGAUUUUGAUGAGGACGAGGAUGCAGGGCCGAAGAAGCGGGUGAGGAGGGAUGAGGAGGGGGGUGGGGAUGAGGAUGGCUUUGAUGGGUUCUCGGAUGGGGGCGAGGGGAGUGAUAGUGAGGAGUGGCAUGUGGGUGUGGGCGCCGAGGAUGAUGAUUCUGAGCUUGAUUCGGAUGAGGCGUUUGGGGAGAGUGAUGAGGAGCGGUUUGAUGGGUAUGCAUUUGGAGGGAGUUCGUCGAAGGGGAAGAAGCAGAAGAAGAAUAAGAAGGGGGGUGAUGAUGACGAGGAGGAGGGGGAUGAGGAUGACUUGGAGUCGCUUGGUUCGGACGCAAUUGACCUUGCGACUGCGCUGGAUCAGUUCUCUGGGGAUGAGGAGGAAGAGGGAGGCGAAGAAGAGUCCGGGUCUGAAGAGGACGAGGAGUCGACUGAUGGGGAUGAUGAGAGCGAGGAGGAUGACGAAGCUGACCCCUCAAAAUUGGACGCCCUCGAAAGCAUGAUUGCCGGGUUCGGUGGCGAGGAUGAGGAAGACGAGGAGCCGGGGACACAAAACAAGACCAAGCUCAGUCUGAAGGAUCUUGGCCUUGCGGGUGUCAAGGACCCGCACAUGAAGCGGUCGCUCAGACUCAUGAAUAAGGAAGAGAAGGCCGUCAAGCCUGGUUCGUCCAAGAAAUUGGAAGUCCCCCUCGCCAAACGCCAACAAGACCGCAUCCUCCGUAGCGCCGCUUACGAGAAGACCAACGAGACCCUCGACAAGUGGAUCGAGACAGUCAAGCACAACCGGCGUGCAGACCACUUGGUCUUCCCUCUCGCCCAAAAUGCCCACGACCGCGGACUCGAUAGCGGAGAGCUCAUGCCCAUCACCCAAAAGACAUCCGGGACGGAAUUGGAGCAGACAAUUCUGGCUAUUAUGGAGGAGAGCGGCCUUGGGCCGAGCGCUAAGCCGGAGAAGAAGGAAGGCGAAGAGGGACAAGCUGGAUUAUCGCAAGCGGAGCAACAGGAGAUCGCGCGGCAGCGCCGGCGCGAACGGGAGAUUCACUCGCGCGAGAUGGCGCGCGCAAAGCGCAUCAAGAAAAUCAAGAGUAAGGCUUACCGCCGUAUCCAUCGCAAGGAGCUUCAGCGCGAGGAGGAGGCAGAGCGCGAAGAAGCGCUCGCGGCUGGCGAGCUGGAUUCGGACGACGAGCGCGAAGACUUGGACCGGAGGCGGGCCAUGGAACGCAUGGGUACCCGCCACAGAGAGAGCAAAUGGGCUAAGCUGGGCAAGAAGGCCGGGCGUGCAGUGUGGGAUGACAAUUUCCGCGCUGGUCUUACAGACAUUGCUCGGAGAAAGGAAGACCUGCGUCGCCGCAUCGAAGGCCAGGCUGGUGGCUCGGAGGACGAAGACGAGGGUUCUGAUGUUUCGGAUGCCUCUGAAGGAGGCGACCCCCGGCGCCGUCUCCUGGCAGACCUUGAGCGUGCAGCCGCCUACGACGAUGACGAUGAACCCAAGUCGAAGCUUUUCCAGAUGAAGUUCAUGCAAAGGGGAGAGGAGAUGCGCAGAAAAGAGAACGAUGAGGCCGUGGCCGCGCUCCGUCGCGAGCUCGAUUCGGAUGACGGGGCUUCGGAUGAGGAGGAGAUGGACAUCGGUCGCCGGCAGUUUGGCAUGGGCAAUGCCACGGCUGCUCCGAAAUCUAGCCAACCAAAGAAAGCUAAGACCGCCGACGCUCCUGGACUAGCCAAACCGACGGCGGCGGCGGAGUCGACGCCGCAGUUUGAGACCGAGCAGCGGUCUUCCGCGCCAACGGGCGGGGAUGGGUGGGCUGCAGUCGAAUCGGUAUCUAGCACCGCUGUUGGGUGGUCUCAGGUUGGAUCUUCUGCUCGCAAGAGCAAGAAAGGAAGCAAGCCUAAGACCAUGGACGUCGACAUUUCCACCGCCGCAGCAGAGGUUACCAAACCCAAGCCCAAACCGAAACCCCAGGGUGCUGCGAGUGGCCCGGCCGACGGAGCUCAAGACUCAGACUCAGACGAUGCCCUUCACCUACCGCUCGCCAUCCGCGACCAGCAGCUACUCGAGAAGGCCUUUGCCGGCGAGGAUGUCCACGGUCAGUUUGAAGAAGAGAAGGCCGAAGUCGAGCAUGAGGACGACGAGAAGGAGAUCGACAACACUCUCCCUGGCUGGGGUAACUGGGUGGGUGAUGGUGUAAGCAACCGGGACAAGAAGAGACACCAAGGCCGCUUCAUCACCAAGGUCGAGGGCGUCAAGAAGAAGGACCGAAAGGACUUCAAGAUGAAGGGCGUGAUUAUUAGUGAGAAGAGGAUCCGGAAGCUGCCACAUCCGUUCGAGUCGCAGCAACAGUAUGAACGGUCACUUCGGUUGCCCGUCGGCCCUGAAUGGUCGACCAAGGAGACGUUCCAGGACGCCACGAAGCCGCGUGUUAUCAUCAAGCAGGGCGUCAUUGCGCCCAUGUCGAAACCCAUGUAUUAA